CAGUGCGGCCCUGUUUGUUGAGGGCAACUCUGCGGGCUCCUCAGAGCCCUCCGCGUUCCCUCGUAAAUCCAGCCGGGAACGGCGAAAUGAAUCCGCCUAGAAAUGGUGGCAUGGAGCCUAAAUCCCCUGGGGAUGGAGCCUAAGUACCCUUCUACUGAGCCUAAAUCCCCUGGGAUUCAACCAAAACGGCCAAAUCCAGGCGCUUUCCAUGGAUAGGGGCGGUACUGGAAAGGGCGGGCGGUGACGUCACCUCGCCCAACCCCUUUUCCGGCCCCUCCUGAGGCGGCUCUGACUUUUCCCGGCGCCGGCCCCGGGGCCUGUUCUGGGCCAGGGCCGGAGUUGGUGCCGGGGCUCCUUCGCCAGCGGAGCGUCCCCAAGGUGUUCCCAGUGAGCAUGGAGCCCCAAGAGCUGUCCCCGGCCCUGCUGCAGCCACAAGUCACCGUGGUGGCCAUCCUGGGUGAGCUGCUGGACGCCCUGAGCAGUCAGGACGAGAUGAUGCAGCCCUGGUCCCCAUGGUCCCUGUACUGGGACCUGGAGUUCUUCACCAGGGAGCUCUGGGUCACCCUGCACCGCAUUGAUAACGCCUGGUGGCCCCAAGAUGUCACCUCCGAUGAUGAUAGCCCUUUCAACGCCCUGAGGCAGACCCUGGCCGCCUACAAGAGCACCCCAGGGACCACCUUGUUACCUGUGGGAUUGGCGGUUGACCCAGUGCCUGUGAGGUGGCUGAGCGGUGUCAAAGAGCCAUCGAGGACAUCCCAAGGCUCCUUCGACCCCCAGAGCAUCCCCAGAGUGUCCCCAAUGUAUCCCCAGUGACCAUGGAGCCCCAAGAGGUGUCCCCUCCACAGCUUCAGGUGCUGGUGGCCGUGGUGGCCACCCUGGGCAAGCUGCUGGCCACCAUGACUGGGCCACACAGCGACAAGUCCCCAAACUCCUUACAUGAGGACCUGAAGAACUUCACCCGGAGCCUUCGUGCAAUCCUGAACCACGGCAAUGUCACCUCCCUGAGCCACCCUGGUGUCGCCUCCGUGGGCCGGGCCCUGGCCACCCUUGGGGCCACCCCUGGGACCACCUGGGCCAAUGGGAGAGCCGUGGCCAAGGCCUGGCGGGAGUUGGUGGCCAGGCUCGUGGACCGCUGGGACUGGCUGUCCAGGGAGGCCACCAAGCUCCGUGACAACCACAGGAAGGUAAUCGCGAACCAGCAGCUGAUGAUGGCCCUGGACAAGGAGGAAGUGGCCAGGGAAAUGGCCACAUACGAUGCCCAGGUGGCGGCAGCCACCAAUGAGGGAAUGGGAGAGGCUAUGGUAGCCACCAGGAGGGGACGUUGGGCAGUGGUGGCCCUGGGGCUGCUGCAGCGCUUGGUGGCCACAUGUGACAGAGCCACCUUGUUUUACUGGAACAUGGAGUGGCGGCUCAGGGACAUCGAGGCCAUCCUGAAGGGGACAAACGAGGUGUCCCCUGAUGUCCUCCAGGCCUUGGUAGCCAAAGUGGCUAAGUUUGAGUGGCUGUGGGAGGCCAGCACCCGCCUGGCCAAGGAUCACCUGCUUGGGACACUUGGGGUCAUCGACAACAUCCUCUUGAGUCCCUAUGGUGGCUGGGGUGGCCCUGGUGGCCCUGGCAGCUGUGCAGUGGCCAAGCAGUGCCAAAAAGCCAUCGAGGACAUCCCGAGGCUGCUGCAGGAAAGUUUCACAUGGGAGCACUGACAUCAUCAGGGACAUCGCUGCUGUCACCUGUGCCCUCCCUGUGCAGUAUUUGAGACAGAUUUGGGCAAUUUUCUAGGAAUUUUCAAUGAUACUGUCCCAAAUCCUGAUGGGAAUUCCUGGGGUGACAUCACUGGGGACACUCAGGGACAGGGGACAGGGGUGUAUGGGUCCCCUCAGCAGCUUCCAGCUUUCCACUGUGCCUGCAGCACAGCCAGGUCAUAAAUGGCAAUUUAAUAAUUGCCUUUUGCACUCUUGUAUUGCCUUCUACACAUUGUUAUUGAUCACCAGCAAUUUGAUACAGUGUUUGAUACCGAUAUUGAUUAUCGAUUCAUUGUAGCUGCUGGUUGGUGCAAUAUAAUCUCUUAGUUCAUGUGUGCACCAUACAGCCUAUUAAUAAUUAAAUAAAUGAAUGAAUAAUUGAAUAAAUAAAUGAAUGAAUGAAUAAAUAUAUAAAUGCCCUCUGUAUGAAUCACACCGGGCUGAUCUGAAGUCUGUGUCAGACACAUCACUUGACCAUUGUCACUGCCAUAUUUUCUGAAAAAAUCCUCUUUGCCCAGGAUUCUUCUCCUGGGAAGCCGAGAAGCCUCAGUGAAAAAAAGAAAAUAAUUAUCUGAUUUGCUUCUUCUGUGCUUUGCUGCUUUGGGAUGUGGUUGGAGAUUGUUUAUGCAACAUGUGAAUUGUUUUUACUUAAUGACCAAUCACCAUCCAACUCUGUCGGGACUCUGGAAGGAGUCACAAGUUUUUAUUAUUCAUUCUUGUUAAGCCUUCUGUCUGUAUCCUUUCUCUAUUCUUUAGUAGAGUUUUAGUAUAGCAUUCUGUAAUAUAAAAUAAUAGCAUAAAAUAAUAAAUUAGCCUUCUAAGAA